AUGGGCGUACGACCUAUUGCUGAACUAGUUACCAUUUUAGGCCAUGUGCAAAAAUAUGCUCCUAAAGCUGAAACUUGUUGUCUUUUUCAGUAUAGUUUACCUGUCAGCCCUCAUUUAGCGGUACAAAAAGACAAUAAAACUCCUCCUUCAGAAAAAGAAAUUUUGCAAAAAAUUGUUCUGGAGUUACAAAAAAAAAAUCAAAAAUUAGAUCACCAUGACGAGCAAUGGGCUCUUAUUGAAACUGCAGGAGGUGUAUUAUCACCGAGCCCUAAUGGAGGUCUGCAAGCAGAUAUGUAUAGGCCAUUACGUCUUCCAACAAUUUUGGUUGGUGAUUCAAAGUUAGGAGGAAUUUCAACAACAAUUUCUGCUUACGAAAGUUUAAAAAUACGGGGAUAUGAUGUUAAUUUGCUAUUAUUAUUUCAAGAGUCAGUCUACCAAAAUGCAAACUACUUAAAAGAAUACUUUAGUUAUCAACAAAAAAAAUCAGCUUGGAAAGACUCUGUGCCUAAAGUAAUUUCUAUCUUGCCACCCCCAGAAGUUUCCGACCCUAACCUGUACUGUGAAAAAACUGAUUUCAAACAAAUGACAGAGUACUAUGAUGACGUAUCCCGGUCGCCUGAAAUCAGAAGUGCCUACGAAUAUUUGAAAUUUUGUCAUGAAAAACGCAUUAAGUCGUUGGAAGUUAUGGCAGAUAAUGCCGAUAAAAGAAUCUGGUACCCAUUUUCACAACACAGUAAAAUCUCACCCAAAAGUAUUAUUGCUUUAGACUCCGCAUAUGGAGAUUUUUUUCAAAGUGUAACAAAAGAUUCUAGUGCUAAAGAAAUCCUACAGCCUCAAUUCGAUUCGUCAGCUUCCUGGUGGACUCAAGGUCUUGGUCAUGGUAACCCUGAACUAGCUUUAACUGCUGGUUAUGCUGCUGGAAGAUAUGGGCAUGUUAUUUUUGCCGGAACAGUUCAUGACCCGGCAUUACGACUUGCAAACAAGUUGGUGAGUCUAUUGGAUAAUAAAAGGUUAUCCCGAGUUUUCUAUAGUGACAACGGUAGCACUGGUAUUGAGGUUGCUUUGAAAAUGGCAUUUAAGGCUACUGGAAGCCGCUAUGGACUGAAAUCAGAACUCCACAACAAUGAAAUUGGUGUCAUUGGCCUUAAAAGAAGUUACCAUGGUGAUACUAUAGGUUCAAUGAAUGCAUGUGAAGAAUCAGUUUAUAACAAACAAGUUAAUUGGUAUAAUGGAAAAGGUUAUUGGUUUGAAUUCCCGCAGAUUAAACUUUGCAAAGGGACUUGGUGUUUAGAAAUCCCCGAUGGGUUACUUGAUGAUGGGUUGAACUUGCCAAAGUUUAAAUGUUUCCAAUCAUUAAAUGAGAUUUUCGAAUUGGAUAGUCGAGAUAUUCAACCAUACAAGCAAUAUAUUUUUUCAGUUUUGAAAAAAGAAAUUCAAGAAAAAAAGCGAAAUUUUGGAGCUGUUUUGCUUGAACCAUUAUUAUUGGGUGCUGGGGGCAUGAAUGCUGUAGAUCCAUUAUUUCAAAAGGCUUUGGUUGAUGUUGUCAGGGAAACUCCUAGUCUUUUUGGUGAGUUUGAAAAUUCAAAACUUAAUUCCAAAGCUUGGCAGGGACUUCCAGUCAUUUUUGAUGAAGUGUUCACUGGUUUAUACAGGUUGGGGUUUAAGUCCGCUGCAAAGCUUUUGCAAACUGAGCCUGAUAUUGUUGUAAAUGCAAAAUUGCUUACUGGUGGUGUCGUUCCUUUAUGUACGACAACUUCAAGUGAUUCUAUUUUCGAAUCAUUUUUAAGUCCAGAAAAAGUCGAUGGCCUUUUACAUGGACAUAGUUAUACAGCACAUCCGGUAGGAUGUUCAAUUGCGCUUCAGUCCUUAAACGAGCUUGAACACUUGUCCCAAGAUAAUUCCUCUUCUUCCUGGAAAAUUUCGAUGAAAAAAUGGGGUUCAUCUGAUAAUCAAAUCUGGAGUUUUUGGGAUAAAUUUUCUGUAGAAAAAAUUUCCCAAUUUCAUCAAGUUAAAUGCGUUUUUGCCAUGGGAUCAGUGCUUGCUAUCACUCUUAAAGAUAUAUCAAGCGGAUACGCAUCUAAUGCAGCUGAAGAGUUUAAUGAAUUCGUUUCGGGGCUGCAGCUAGAUAAAGAAUUCGGGUUACAUAUUCGAGGACUCGGAAAUGUUAUUUACUUCAUGAGUAGUAUGAACCCUGAUCUUGAAUCUUUGCGCAAAAUAGAAAAUAUCAUUAUUAAAUAUUUUGAAUAA